GGCUACUUCGCUGCCGUUUCCGUAGAAGAGCCCGAGUCUCGAAUGCGUAAACUGCCGCGGCGCAUUCCUUGCGGCCGGACUCAGGCAUUGCGUCGACGGACCCCCACGAUCGGUACCUGGGCGUCUCCCCAUGGCAGAAAACGCCGCGCUUGGACAGAUGGCCCUCUGCGUCGGUCUCGGCGCACUCGCGCGGUACAAGUACAUGCCAUGGCAUGGACGCGAACUUCGUGUCCUAUAUCACUCAGGCACUAUACAGACAUGGCGGCUUCAAUUCACCGCGCACCGUGCCUAGGGCUCUAGACUUUGACGUCCUUGAACAUACCAUGUCAUGUGUGCGCGCACUGCGCCCGUCGAAAGGCCUUGGGCCUUAGACAUCAAUCGCGCAAUACGAAGUAUGCUUCUCCAGUGCUGAUAGAUAUCAACACUGAGUACUGAGGUGCGGUUUGAACGUUGUGUGCCUCGCGUGACUCAACGCCUCAGGCACUGCAGGCGCGGGCGCCCUGCACAGUCGUGUCUGCGCGGGCCGGGUGGACUCUCCUCCACUCUCCUCCUCCUCCUCUAUCCCUCUACCACCCGGUAUGACCGUGAGCGCGCCCGGCUGCGCUCGGGGUCUGCGCCUGGGUGAAUCCCAGACGAUCCCGAAGAACGUCCGUCCAAGGACGAUCGCGCGGCAAAUUAACUGCGUGCGUCACGGGUAGUGCACCAACCAACCCGGUACGCAUUU